AGGAGGGUGUAGGAGCCGGCAUCGAACACGCAAGAGGGUGAUGUGAAAGAGAAGUCGUGCUCAGCUCGCUCAAGCCUCUGAUAUGAAGCUGCCAUUUUACACCCUGUUCUUGAUCGGACUCGUCGACUGCAACUAUGUUGCCUCCAUGCUGUGGCAGUUUGAUGGAUCGCAAGGCUCAACAAGUACCGUACAGAAGAGACAUGUUGAUCCAACAGCGUUCAGCUUUGCUUCCUUCUCCCAUGUUUCUUCGCAGUGCAACUGGGGUCCUAGCUUAAGCGCGUUCCUAUGUUCGCCUUCCCUUCCGCGUUUCUGCAAUGCAGCUCGACCUCGACCAUGCUCCUUGGCGUCUCAUCUUGUUGCGAAGAUGAAUGAGAACAGGAGAAAGAGAGGGAAGAGCAAGACUUCUUCCCCUUCCCCUCACAUUCAUGCGCCUUCCAGCCAUGGAGGCUCCAAGAAUGGCACCAUCAUGAUCGACAGGUCAGCAGCUCUCCAGGACCAUCAUGCGAGGUCUCUCAAGGACAGAAGUCACAUGGUGUCUCUGCGCGAUCAGAACCUCCAUGAAGCAGAGCUCGAGCGCAAGGGUGAGGCCGCUGGGAUGCAACAGGACAAGUCGAUUGCUGACCAUCCCAAGGGAAGGAACGAGAAGGGAGCUGAGCAGAGGGAUCUGAGUGAUCGGAAGCGUGAGGGACAAGCGACAUCGGAUGGGGAUCAUCGUAGCAACAAGCAGAAACCUGGCAGGAUCGGCUCCUUGUACUCGGUAGCCCUGCAGCAG